AUGCGCCCACUCUUGCAAACCGCGCCGAUUCUCCGGCGCUCCCUUCACGCCUCCUCCAGAGCCGCCGCUAGCCAAACCGCGUCAAACACAAAUGGCAGCCCCGUCGACGACUCCAUGAUAGGCGGCGGUUCUGGCGCCAAGGGCCGCACGGGAGGCGGCGAGCCCCUGUCCAGCACCGCACCGGGAGCCCCGGCGCCGCCAAAGGUCGUCAACUCGCGCGUCCCCGGCGUCAAUCUCGACAAAGAGCUCAGCGAAGAGCAGAAGCAGGAGGUCAAGGAGCACAACCGCCACUUCUCCGCCAAGCACGACCGGGGCCAAAGCGCUCCCGAGUACAAGGCCGAUGCCAAGUUCUGGACUGGUGCUUCCAAAGGCUAG